GGAAUCCAGCCAAUAGGAGUGCGCGGCUGCUGUGCGAUCGGCCAAUGGCGGGGCGUGUAGGGGUUGGAUGGCUUGUCGCUGAGUCCAGGGCUAUGGAGCCGCUGGCGCGAGUACAGCUUGUCUGGUGACUGCGGAGCUGAAUCCUAUUCUAAGAACACCAUGGUGCUGGGUCCUGAACAGAAGACACCAGAUGAUGAUGCUUCUGAGGACCAUGGGGACUUGGCCCAUCUUGGUGCCAUCAACCCUGCCUACAGCGACUCCUCCCUCCCGCAGUCCACCGGGAGCUCGAAUGAGCCCUUCACCACCUAUUUUGAUGAGAAGAUUGCCGUUCCUGAGGAGGAGUACUCGUGCUUUAGCUUUCGUAAACUCUGGGCUUUCACGGGACCAGGCUUUCUUAUGAGCAUUGCCUACCUGGAUCCAGGCAACAUCGAAUCGGAUCUGCAGUCUGGAGCAGUGGCUGGGUUUAAGCUGCUCUGGGUUCUUCUGCUGGCCACCAUCGUGGGGCUCCUGCUACAGCGCCUGGCGGCGAGGCUGGGAGUGGUCACUGGGAUGCACCUUGCCGAAGUGUGUCACCGUCAGUAUCCCAAGGUCCCACGAAUUAUCCUGUGGCUGAUGGUGGAGCUGGCUAUCAUCGGCUCGGACAUGCAGGAAGUCAUUGGCUCGGCCAUUGCCAUCAAUCUCCUGUCCAUAGGAAGGGUUCCCCUGUGGGGUGGAGUACUCAUCACCAUUGCAGAUACCUUCGUAUUUCUCUUUUUGGACAAAUACGGUCUGCGGAAGCUGGAAGCAUUUUUUGGCUUUCUCAUCACUGUUAUGGCCCUCACAUUUGGAUAUGAGUACAUCACAGUGAGGCCCAACCAGAGUGACGUCCUCAAGGGCAUGUUUGUGCCGUCCUGUUCCGACUGUGGCACCCCACAGGUGCAGCAGGCCGUGGGCAUCGUGGGAGCUGUCAUCAUGCCACACAACAUGUACCUGCAUUCUGCCUUAGUCAAGUCCAGACAGGUAAACCGAGCCAAAAAGGAAGAGGUCCGAGAAGCCAAUAAGUACUUUUUCAUCGAGUCCUGCAUUGCUCUCUUUGUUUCCUUCAUCAUCAAUGUCUUCGUCGUCUCAGUCUUUGCCGAAGCAUUUUAUUGGAAGACCAACCAGCAGGUGAUUGAAGUCUGCAGGAACAGCAGCAGUCCCCACACCCACCUCUUCCCCGACGACAACUCAACGCUGGCCGUGGACAUCUACAAAGGGGGUGUUGUCCUGGGCUGCUUCUUCGGGCCCGCUGCCCUCUACAUCUGGGCGGUGGGCAUCCUGGCCGCGGGGCAGAGCUCCACCAUGACAGGAACCUACUCGGGCCAGUUCGUCAUGGAGGGGUUCCUGAACCUAAGAUGGUCACGCUUCGCCCGAGUGAUUCUGACCCGCUCCAUUGCCAUUAUCCCCACUCUGCUUGUUGCUGUUUUUCAAGACGUAGAACAUCUCACGGGGAUGAAUGACUUCCUCAAUGUCCUGCAGAGCUUACAGCUUCCCUUUGCUCUCAUACCCAUCCUCACCUUUACGAGCUUGCGGCCAGUAAUGAGUGACUUUGCCAAUGGAAUAGGCUGGAGGAUUGCAGGCGGGAUCUUGGUCCUUAUCAUCUGUUGCAUCAACAUGUACUUUGUCGUGACUUACGUCCAGGAUCUAGGGCACAUGCUAUUGUAUGUGGUGGCAGCUGUGAUCAGUGUGGCCUAUCUGAGCUUUGUGUUUUACUUGAUCUGGCAAUGUUUGAUUGCACUGGGCAUGUCCUUCCUGGAUUGUGGGCGCACGGUAAGCAUCUCUAAAGUCCUGACCGAAGAAGCCACCGGUGACUAUACUAAGUAAACACUGGAUCGGCCCGUCUGAUCCACGUAGCCAUCAGAGCCAGUGUGUUUCUAUGGUUUACUGUGUGAACAUAGCCAAGAGUAUGUGCUGUUGCACAGACUGCGGGUAGGACUCAGCUGUUGGUUGUGGAAGACGCUAUUCCACAUGUGUCUGAAAGAUGGAAUUUUUUCUCUAACUGACCACCUCACCUGGGAACUGGAUUGGAUGGGAUCUUUGAAAAGCGGACGAUUUGCUGCUGUCGUUCUAACACUAAACCCUUCGGGAGCUGCUGAGGGGCCAGCUUAUUUUAUCCCUUUGAGAGUGAAACCUCUGAGUCUUAACUAAGCUAUGCAUUAAAAAAAAUGUGGAAAAUGCAAUGCAUUUCAUGAUGAAAGUGCAGAGUGGGUAGGCAGAUUUGUUUAUUAAAGAAAAUGGAUUAUAAAAGGCUGAGAAAUACUUAUGCAUGCCCUUUCAAUUAUUUUAAUUAUAAAAAAAUUAAAUCUCCACUAGGGUGGUUCUAUCCAUACUAAAUAUAAAAUUAUGAGACUUCUACCUCUAUAAGGUUCAGAAUUCUUCAAAUUUCUACUUUAAAUUUCUCAGUGGGAGUUAAGAGGAGUAAUAAAGCAUAAAAGUGAUAAAUGGACAAAUAGCAAAAACUCACCUAUGGGUGGGGGUUUACCAAUCACCUCGAAAAUCACUUAGAAGAUGUUCCUCAGAGACUGAACGCUUACCAGGAUUUUCUUGGGAGCACCGACUUUAGUAACUCGUAUGUCUGUACACAGCACUUUCCUGACACUUAGUCUCAAGCAUAUCUAGUUGCAAAACCUUCACCUUCCUCCUCCAGGAGGGAUGGUAGCAUUUAUAAGCUGAUGUUCUCAUGACACUUGGGGGUAAGGAGAAAAGACCUGAAAGGAGAAGAGCCACCUGUUAUAUUCGUAAAAGCCACCUCCUGCAGAACCACCGUGUUUCCUGAAGUUCGCCCAGGACGACUGGCAAGGCAGUCUCAGCAGCUGUGGACCUAAUGGCUGCAGAGUUCUCUCAGCAAGGCUGCGCGGGGCUGCCUCGCCUCAGCCAUUCCCUCAGAGGGGAAAAUGGACCAGCUGGUGGAGCUCUGGCAUCAGAGGAGAUGGGUCCCUUCAGCCCGAAGCUUCUGCUCUUCAGCCACCUGCAAGAUUUUUACGUGUGGAGCCAGAGACUAUGUGAUUAUCUCAGACCAAAUCACAUUUGUCUGAUGGAGAUUAAUAAUCAAGUCUUGUAUAUCUGUUGACUCGGUGCAGACAGUAAUGGGAAUGGCGUUGAGUAACUUCUCAUUUGGGGUGGGCUUUCCCCUGGAGUCCUGGUGGACUGAUGUUCUCUGUUCGUUUGAGCACCGGAAGGCAUUAUUGUGGAUAUUUUGCACACAGUCAAACAUGCAGAGUGGACAGACUGUCUUCUGUAAGUCACUAAGGGUAAACCACCGAUUCACUGACAUACCUUUAUUUAGCCACUCAAGUAAUGUAGCACAGGCUCCUGAAAGACAGAUUUCCCUGACCGCUCCUCCUCGUGUCCGCCCCUUCCCCCGGUGAAGAUUUCGGAGGGUGACACCUUAAGUUGCAGUAGGUCUGGCUACAAGGUGAAGGCCAGUCUGACCCAAACAUUCUCUGUAAAGACAGUACAGAAACAUUUACCUUUGCUCUAAGUCUGGGUGGGCCCAGGCAUUCCCAAAGUCACAAAUAUUUAGAAGCCCAGGUAAAAACUGCCAGUUUUCUCUUAAAAGCUGUACUAAUGACUUGGAGUGAUGGAAAAUUUCUUCCCAGUGCAAUGGCAUUCUAUAAUACUAUGUGUGUAGUAUUGCACAAGUGUUAAAACCUCCCGUGCUGGACCCCACUGGGCCCUCUCAGUCCGUGCACUGCAGCCGGCACUCUGGCUGCGAUGAACGCCGUUCAGACCUCUCAGUCUCCCGGUGCCGUGCGUGCGGUGUGCUUUGUCUGUGGCUUUGUGUGGGACGUGUAAGGACAUGCAGUUGGACAUCAUACCAUUGGUCCUUGCUCUCCAGAAACGUGACAUGAAGUAACUGCUGCUGCAGCCUGCAAGGGAUGCCCGGGGAUGGGGCAGAGGUGCCGUCUGGCUCUUGUGAGGUCGCACUAGUGGUUUUAGGAGUGGUUACAGCUGAGGUUUUAGUGACCAUUUAACAAUAUGUAAACUUGGUUUGUAAUUAAAAACAUUUUUCUUUUUCCA